CGCCGCCACUGUCAUCCACUCCCCCACACCCCACGACGCGCCACGCCACGCCGCGCCGCGCCGCGCCAUGCCUCCCACUCCCACCCCCACCGCCACCACCGGCGCCGUCUCGGCCGCUGCGGCGGCGGGGGAGAACGCGGGGUUCCGCCUCGUCGGGCACCGCCGCUUCGUCCGCGCCAACCCGCGGAGCGACCGGUUCCAGGCGCUCGCGUUCCACCACGUCGAGCUCUGGUGCGCCGACGCCGCGUCCGCCGCGGGCCGGUUCGCCUUCGCCCUGGGCGCGCCGCUCGCCGCCAGGUCCGACCUCUCCACGGGGAACUCCGCGCACGCCUCCCUCCUCCUCCGCUCCGCCUCCGUCGCGUUCCUCUUCACCGCCCCCUACGGCGGCGACCACGGCGUCGGCGCGGACGCGGCCACCACCGCCUCCAUCCCUUCCUUCUCCCCAGGCGCCGCGCGGAGGUUCGCCGCGGACCACGGCCUCGCGGUGCACGCCGUGGCGCUGCGCGUCGCCGACGCGGCCGACGCCUUCCGCGCCAGCGUCGCGGCCGGUGCGCGCCCGGCGUUCCAGCCCGCCGACCUCGGCGGUGGCUUCGGCCUCGCGGAGGUGGAGCUCUACGGCGACGUCGUGCUCCGCUUCGUCAGCCACCCGGACGGCGCCGACGCGCCCUUCCUCCCGGGUUUCGAGGGCGUCAGCAACCCGGGCGCCGUGGACUACGGCCUCCGCCGGUUCGACCACGUCGUCGGCAACGUGCCGGAGCUCGCUCCGGUAGCCGCGUACAUCUCCGGGUUCACCGGGUUCCACGAGUUCGCCGAGUUCACCGCCGAGGACGUGGGCACCGCCGAGAGCGGCCUCAACUCGGUGGUGCUCGCCAACAACGCGGAGACCGUGCUGCUGCCGCUCAACGAGCCGGUGCACGGCACCAAGCGGCGGAGCCAGAUACAGACGUACCUGGACCACCACGGCGGCCCGGGGGUGCAGCACAUCGCGCUGGCCAGCGACGACGUGCUCGGGACGCUGAGGGAGAUGCGGGCGCGCUCCGCCAUGGGCGGCUUCGAGUUCUUGGCGCCGCCGCCGCCCAACUACUACGACGGCGUGCGGCGGCGCGCCGGGGACGUGCUCUCGGAGGAGCAGAUCAACGAGUGCCAGGAGCUCGGGGUGCUCGUGGACAGGGAUGACCAGGGGGUGUUGCUCCAGAUCUUCACCAAGCCAGUAGGAGACAGGCCAACCUUUUUCUUGGAGAUGAUACAAAGGAUUGGGUGCAUGGAGAAGGAUGAGAGUGGGCAGGAGUACCAGAAGGGCGGCUGCGGCGGGUUUGGGAAGGGCAACUUCUCGGAGCUGUUCAAGUCCAUUGAGGAGUAUGAGAAAUCCCUUGAAGCCAAGCAAGCCCCUACAGUUCAAGGAUCCUAGGUAGGAACUGGAGGCCUGGAGCAACAGAUGUAACCAGUGUAUUUGUAUUAUGGAGCAGAAGAAAAAAGAUGUGCUUUCACUGCUUUGUGAUAUGUGUCAUGCAAGUUGAUGUUGUAAUUUGUGGAAGCUGAAGACAAAUGAUGGUACAAUCACUGUAAUAGAUAAUAGACAUGGAUCACAUACAAGAAUGUAACCUAGUGUUGGCAUUGCUGCUGUACAAUCUUGCUUGGAAAUAAAAUAAUAAUCAACCUGGAGAAAGAAUGUAA